AGAACGGAUGGUAGAGAUGUUCGGUGCACGUGACAGGGAGGUUCCGAUAGAAGUUUGGACUUGGGGCGGGGGCGACUGAGUAGGGUCGGGAAAUUGCAGAAAUAGAAAGUGGCCUCAAGGGUGAGCCCAGCCAGCCUCGCUUCGUUCGAGGUGAUUUGCUUUGCUUUUGGGCGCUGCUGCAUCAUGUUUUUUCUAUCGGCGCCAGAGCAGUAGCUGAAGAUGCGUCGUGGAGGGACUGUUGUCGUUAUUGUAGAUUCCGCUUGAGAAAAUGCUGAUGGUAGAGAUCGUGCCCUCAUUUCGUCCUCUCUAGGAACUCGAGGGAAGCGCCUGUGCUCUACUCGACCAUCGCCACCGCCAUGGUUUUGCCCAGGCGGCGACACCACAGCAAUAACCGCCUCCGCUGUUUGGCUCCGAUUAUCGUCGUCGUCUGCGGCGGUAUCCUCCUCUUCUUAGCUCUCCUCUCCUUCCUCGUUCCUCCUCCCCUAGACACCGAUCACCUCCGCUCCCGCCACAACUACUUUGUCCCGUUCGGCAGUCGCGGCGAGGGUUCGAAUGGAGCCGUGAAGUUUAGUGUUCCGGUUAGGAGUGGCGGUGGAAGAUCGGAUCAUGACCUGUGGAGUUCGAGAUUUUCGAAAUUCUACUAUGGAUGCAGCAACGCGAGCCAUAAGUUUGGAAAAGCUGUAGCUAUCACAGUUCCCAAUCGAUUCUUGAUGAUUGCUACCAGUGGAGGCUUAAAUCAACAGAGAACUGGGAUAACUGAUGCUGUUGUCGCUGCCCGCAUUUUAAAUGCUACUCUUGUCGUUCCAAAACUGGAUCAGAAGUCCUUUUGGAGGGAUGCUAGUAAUUUCUCAGAGAUCUUUGAUGUUGAUUGGUUUAUUAAGUAUCUAUCAAAGGAUGUUAAAAUCAUAAAACAGCUUCCUGAAAAGAAAGGGAAAACUGGGACUCCUUAUACUAUGCGUGUUCCAAGGAAGUGUAGUGAAAGAUGCUAUCAAAGUCGUGUACUACCUGUUAUUUUGAAAAGGCAUAUUGUUCGGCUCACCAAGUUUGAUUAUAGACUUGCGAAUAAGUUGGACACAGAUCUACAGAAGCUAAGAUGUAGAGUGAACUACCAUGCUUUAAGGUUCACUGUUCCUAUACUUGACAUGGGCCGAGAAUUGGUCCACCGAAUGAGGAUAAGAAGCAAGCAUUAUAUUGCCCUGCACCUGAGGUUUGAACCCGAUAUGCUUGCAUUCUCAGGAUGCUACUAUGGUGGGGGAGAAAAGGAAAGGAAAGAGCUGGGUGCAAUACGAAAGAGGUGGAAAACUUUACAUACGAGCAACCCAGACAAGGAAAGGAGGCAUGGAAAAUGCCCACUCACUCCAGAAGAAGUUGGUCUAAUGCUGAGAGCACUGGGAUAUGGCAGUGAUGUUCAUAUUUACGUGGCAUCUGGUGAAGUAUACGGAGGGGAAGAGACAUUGGCACCUCUAAAGGCACUCUUCCCAAAUUUCUAUUCAAAAGACACUAUAGGCCGGAAAGAGGAACUGCAACCAUUUGCUGCAUUUUCUGCUCGCAUGGCUGCACUUGACUUCAUAGUUUGUGAUGAAAGUGAUGUAUUUGUUACCAACAACAAUGGAAACAUGGCUAAAAUAUUAGCUGGGCGAAGGAGAUAUUUUGGACACAAGCCUACCAUUCGUCCAAAUGCCAAAAAACUAUCUCGGUUGUUCCUGAAUAAAGGUAACACGAGUUGGGAAGUGUUUGCCUCUAGAGUCCGUAUUUAUCAGAGAGGCUUCAUGGGGGAGCCGAAUGAGGUGAGGCCAGGCAGAGGCGAGUUUCAUGAGAACCCAUCCUCCUGCAUAUGUGAAGAGUCUGGGGCUAAUGCAAAGAGAGAUUCGGGUUCUCAAAAAUCUGGGAAGGAGAGUAAUGCCACAAGAAAAGAUUUUGAUGAAGAUGAUCAGAAUAUGGAUGAUGAGCUAGAAUGGAUGGAUCCAGAUGAUGAAGAGGAUCAAACUGGCCCUCAGGAGACUGGCCUAGCAAAUGGAACAGGCUUGGAUUAUGGUGUACUCGCAUCUGAGGAGCCUGAGUUGGAAGAGAUGCUUUCAGACUAAAGGGAUUCAUGCACCUUUCACCUCUGGUCAAAGAGUUGUUUCGCUACUCUAGUGCCCCUUUCAUUUGUUAAUUCUUUGACCCCACUUGAACAAUUUGCAGCUCUAAGCGAAAAUCCUUUCGACCAUCCUGCAUAGUUAGUAAUUAGCCCCACCCCCACUGUAUAUAAAUCCAAUGGAUAGUGCAGUUGCUCAUCCAAUUUUGUGAACGCCGCUAACAUUUUUUUUU